CAGCAGUAAACGAUGGUUGCCUGGAUGGUGUCGCACAAGCGGCACGUCCGUAUACUGCUGGUAGGCGAUCAGGGUGUCGGGAAGACCUCUCUCAUCCUAUCGCUGGUCAGUGAAGAGUUCCCGGAGGAUGUACCGUUGAAGGCGGAAGAGAUUACCAUACCGGCGGAUGUAACGCCCGAACAAGUGCCCACUAACAUAGUUGAUUAUUCUGCGGCCGAACAAACGGAUGAAGCGCUCGCGGAAGAAAUUCGAAAGGCACACGUCGUCUGCAUCGUUUACUCGGUAGACAGUGAGGAAACACUGGACGGCAUCACCGAACGAUGGCUGCCGAUGGUGCAAAAGUGUUCAGAAAUGGAGCGGAAGCCGGUGGUGCUCGUAGGCAACAAGAUUGAUCUAGUUGAUUACUCUACUAUCGAUCACGUCCUCUCGAUUAUGGAAGAUUAUCCGGAAGUCGAAAGCUGUGUGGAAUGUUCCGCCAAAACGCUGCAUAAUAUUUCCGAGAUGUUUUACUACGCGCAGAAGGCAGUUCUUCAUCCAACGGCACCGCUGUACAUAAUGGAGGAGCAGGAUCUAACUGAAGCUUGCAAAAAGGCGCUCGUUCGCAUCUUCAAAGUGUGCGACAUCGAUGGUGAUGGACUGUUAAAUGAUUACGAGCUAAAUCAUUUCCAACGCCGCUGCUUCAAUGCCCCACUUCAACCGCAAGUGCUGGACGAAGUGAAAGCGGUCCUGAUGAAAAACACACCCGACGGCAUACGGGACGAUUCCGUAACGCUCAACGGUUUCCUGUUCCUGCACUGUCUGUUCAUUCAGCGCGGCCGGAACGAAACAACCUGGGCCGUACUGCGCCGCUUUGGAUACAACGAAAGUCUCACGAUGAGUGACGAAUAUCUACACCCGCCGGUCAAGAUCCCCCCGGGCAGCAGUACUGAACUGUCACACCGUGGCCAACAGUUUCUCGUUUCGCUGUUCGAGCGUAGCGAUCGGGACGGUGACGGUGCACUGUCGCCGGCCGAAUUUCAAAAGCUGUUCAGCGCUUGCCCCACCCCACCAUUCUCGACCGACAUUAAGCGCACGAUACCGACGAACGAAAACGGGUGGCCCACGCUACACGGAUGGCUUUGCCGCUGGAGCCUGAUGACGCUGGUCGAUGUAAACAAAACGCUCGAAUAUCUCGCCUACCUUGGCUUUAACGUGCACGAAAACGAAUCACAGCUGGCGGCGAUCCAUGUGACUCGCGAACGGCGCAUCGAUCUAGCGAAAAAGCAAAACAGUCGCACGGUUUACAUGUGUCACGUGAUCGGUGCAAAGGAAGCGGCCAAAACGACCUUCUGCCGUGCGUUUCUCGCGCAGGACAUGAAGCGGCUUACCGAUCGGGACAUUCGCCACAGCAACCGGUACGCGAUCAAUACGGUGCAGGUGUACGGGCAGGAGAAGUAUCUCGUACUGCGGGACGUGGAUGCGCGGCUCGUGCUGGACCCGUUGCAACCGAGCGAGGUGAACUGUGACGUCGCCUGUCUCGUGUACGAUGUCGGCAAUCCGAAAUCGUUCGAGUACAUCGCACGGAUAUACAUCAAGUACUUUGCGGAGAGCAAGAUACCGGUACUGAUCGUGGGCACGAAGGCGGAUCUGGAGGAGGUACGGCAGGAAUAUUUGCUGCAGCCGCCCGACUUUUGCCACAAGUACAAGCUGCUGCAGCCACAGUUUUUUAGCGUGAAGCACAAUAAGAAAGACAUCUACACCAAGCUGGCAACGAUGGCGGCUUUCCCUCGAUUUCAAGCAGCGUGGAUACUGUUUUAUAAACAUAGAUUGGUACAACUGUGGGAAACAACCCAUCUAAAGCAAUUCGGUCUGAUGUCGAGCGAUCCACUGCUUUGGUGGAAAGCCGGCCUCGGCAUAGCGGCGGCAACAAUUGUCGGUUUCUUCGUCGUGAAGGCGUUCCACGGACCUGGUUCAACGGCAACUCGAUGA